AUGGGAAACGAGUGUUGUUCGAAUUGCAAUGUAGGUGGCAAGUAAAGGGAGCUCUAAGAUAAUAUAAUAAAAGAGACUCCCAAUGGGUUGGCUUUAGAAGAAACAAAUGGUAAAAUCGAAGAUGGAGAUACCAAUGUAUAGAGUUUCUAAGGAAAUUAAAAGGUCGUUACUAAUUUAGCUCCAGAUUCGAGUUAAAAUUUUAGGAAGUCAAGCUUGAAUGCUGCUUCUUAACAUGAAAGACGUCCUUCUUAAUAAAGCAAUGCGUUUUAUGAGAAUGGGCAUGUAGAAAAUGAAUUAUUAAACAAUAAAUAAAAGGAUGGAAAGAGACCUUCUGUAUUGGAUCACUCUUCUUAGAACUAACAAGUAGUUAGCGUAAAUAGUGCUAGAGCAUAAAUCAAUACUCCUAAAUAGAAUAGCGAUGAAGCGAUGGUACUUAUGCAUGGAUAAAGCUAUAACACUGAUUAAGAAAUAGAAAGACUAUUGUCUAAGUUCGAUAAUACGGAUUUAAUCAAUAAAGAUAGAAGCUUCAAAGAUAUGAGACCAUCAACAAAUGAAGUUUAUAAGUUGGAUAAAACUGGUGAUAUUUAUGUUGGAGAAACUCUAAAUAAAAAGAGGAACGGAUUUGGAAGACUUAUUUGCUAAAAUGGAAGUUUUUAUGAAGGAUAUUGGGAAGGAGACAAAUUCAAUGGAUAGGGAUUUUAUUUAGAUAGCGAAGGAAAUUAUAUCAAAGGUUAAUUCAAAGACAAUAAACCUCAUGGUCGUUGUCUUCUAAAGAAAAAAGAUGGUGGAAUUUACGAAGGCGAAAUGAAAAAUGGUGAAAAAGAUGGUGAAGGAGAAGAAACUACUUAGAAGGGUAUGACAUAUAAAGGACAUUUUAAGAAUGGGUAAAUGCAUGGAGAAGGAAAAUACUCCAUUUCAAAUAUGUAUACUUUUGAAGGAUCGUUUGUCAACGAUUUCAUUGAAGGAUAAGGAAAAUGUGUUUGGAAAACAAAGAAGGCAUAUAAUGGUUAAUGGCAUUAAAAUCGUAUGCAUGGAAAAGGUGAAUUCACAUGGCCUGAUGGAAAAAGAUAUACAGGUGACUUCUAUUAAGAUUAAUUUGAUGGCUAUGGCGAGUUUUUAUGGUCAAAUGGUACUUGCUAUAAAGGAUAGUGGAAGCAAGGUAAAAUGCAUGGAGCAGGUAAAAUUACCACUCCAGAAGGAAAGGAAAUUUCUGGUAACUGGAUUAAUGGAGAAUAUUAGCAAUAAACCCAAGGAAAUUAGAAUGAAAACCAAGUUACUACUUAAAACGAAUCAACAAAAUGA